AUGGGUUGCGCUAGCAGUUCACCGCUGAUCAAUGGCGGUGGUCCCGGUGGAGUCGUCGAGUCGGCGAAGGAAGCGGCCACAAAAACGGCCACAGACGUGCUGCAUGCUGGCGAAGCGGCGAUUCAUGACGUUGGCGAACAUGUGAAGGAAGCCGUACAGAACGUCACCCACGAGCUUGAGAAUGUGCUCGGCGGAGGCAAAAAGACAGAAAAAUCCGACCACAUCAACGAGAGCGACCAGACGGCGAUGGCGAACGGACAUGGCGAGGGCGACGACCCAUCGUCCAACCCCGACUACCAGAUCAUCCGGCUGAAGGGCUCUAAGCAGAACAGCGUCGAGGAGACCGAGCUGAUGGAGAACAUGAAGAACGACCUCAUGAGCAAGGCGCAGAGCAUGGGUGACGACACGGACCGGCUGGCGGACGACCUGAUCAAGGAGACCGAGGACCUGAUGCGGGACGCUGAGACCGGCAUCGCGCACCACGAGAUGACGACACGCAUCACCUCCGCCGAGGACGGUACGAUCGAGAUCCUUAACCUGGAAGGUAACGCGCCCAACUCCCCGAACCACUCGAAUGACAGUUUGAAAACUACUUCACCAGAGCCCGAAAUCGAGCGGAUACUGGCGGCCGGUGCCGAGGCCGAUCGCGCCCCCGACUCCCCCAAGGCCACUCUCCACUCGCUCGCCGUUCCUGCCUCUGAGGCCAACCGUGCCGGGAAGGACGAAGGGAUGCCGGAGGAGAAACCGGACGUGUGA